AUGAAGGCAGACCGUACCAAGCAGGCCGACAAGAUGCUUCGUACCCCCAAGUGCUCGCGGUGCCGGAACCAUGGCUUCCUGGUACCAGUCAAGGGCCACGCGGGCAAGUGCCGCUGGAAGCAGUGCACCUGCAAGAAGUGCUACUUGAUCGCCGAGCGCCAGAAGAUCAUGGCUGCACAAAAGGUGCUCAAGAAGCAGGCCCCUGAAGAGGAGCAGGAGGUGGCCCUGUGCGCACAGGGACCCCAGCUGGCCUCCGGGAGCGCAGCCGCCAACCCGGGCCCAGGGUUCUACCCGCUGCCUCCGCUUGCCGUUUCGGGAGACGCGCAGCCGGGCCCUUCGGGCCAAGCGGCCGCCUGCUUCCCUGAGAGGCCCCCGCGGGGCUGGAGCCCCGGCAUGAGUGCCUUCCAGCCCAUUCUGGGCGGCCGCCUGAGCGAACAAGCCGCCAGGGCCAGGCCCAGUUCUCUGGAGCCCCAGCUGGCGGCGGAGGCCACCGGCCGGGGCUACCCCGGCUGCCUGGAGCUGCGCAGACCGCCGCAGCCUGUGCCCAGCCCGCCGCAGCCUGUGCCCAGCCCGCUGUUCGCCAACUUCGGGCUCCCUCUGAGCAUCAACUCAGAUUCUGUGGUGGGGUCUGAGUACCUGGAGAGAGAACCUCCCAAGCUGUACCCCAGCUGCUCCAGCAUGCAUCCCUACGGCCCUUUUCCGCUGGGCUACCAGGGUGCGUCCCCAGCCAUGGGGCCCCCUCUGCAGCAGGGUUUCGGGCAUGUGUCCUAUAGCCACUACAAUGGAGGAGGCUUGGUGGCGGACCCCAUGGGAGACUUCCAGCCGAGCUACUACCCGCCGCUGGCGCCAUCGCAGCAGCCCCACUUCCUCCCGCCUGGCUUCCUCUCUGCGCUCCACUUCUUCGCGCCGCCGCCGCCGCCGCCAUCGCCGCCUCCAGCAAGCUUCUCGCUGACCAUUCUGUCUGACAUGGACCAGGAGAACAUCGAUGACCAGGAUAUGGAGGGGCCGAUCGAGCCCAGCCAGCCAUCAUCCCAGGAGCAGUCCGACUAG